AUGGAGUUCUUACAAGACAGCAUCCUACCCUCUCUCCGCACCUACUCAAUCCUCCUCUUCCGCAAAACCCUCUCAACCCUCAGCAACCCCCAAGAAGCCGACAAGUUCCUCUCAAACAUCCAACAAGACUAUUUAGAACCAUAUCUCCUCGCCCCGCUUGCAAAUAUCCUCGAUACUUCCUCAUCCGCAUUCUCGACGUCGAACAUCCUCUCAAUCCUCACUCUUCUACUAACCCUAUACAUAUCCCUACGCAUCCUCGAUUAUGCGCGAAGGGUAAUCAUGUUCUGGGUUAUGCUAGUCGUGCGUCUGGCGUUCUGGGCUACUGUAGUCUGGCUAGGAAUAUGGAUUUAUAAUGUUGGCAUUGAGAAGGCGGUGCAGGAUGCGGGUUGGUUUUGGGGUGUCGUGCAGGGGUUUUUGGAGGACUUUGUGGUCAAGGCCAAUUCGGAGUCGGCGGCGGGUAGAGGAGGGCAGUAUUAUGGUGGUGCUGGUAAUGUUGGAUCACGUGGGUAUGGAGGUGCAGGGAAGACUUCGGGAUAUUGGCAUGAUCGGAAUCGGCGGGCUUAG